AUCCAAUCCCAGUGCAGUCUGAACGAUGUCCCUCGACCGACAACUCGAGACCACGGUGUCCUCUUCGACCACCUCACGAGAGGCGAGCCCCGACAUGGACUUCCUGACCCUCAGGAUUCGCAGCCUGGACCUGCCGAAGAAGGUCGACUGCCAAGAGGAAGACGAAGAGGACGUCGAAGACGAGGUCGAGUUCUUCGAGUCCGGCGAGGAGAGUCGAGGAGAGGCCAGGAAAAUCCGGGAAGACUCCUUGGAUCGUCAGUGGACGAGUCGUGGAACCGAAGAGGAGAAUUUUCGGUCCAGUGAUGAAGGUCCUUUGGCGAUCAUCUCCCUUGACGAGGUCGCUUGGCACGAUACCCCUGAAGACUGCUGGCUCGUCAUCUACGACUACGUCUACGACUGCACGGACUUCCUUAAGAGGCACCCUGGGGGCGAAGAUACUCUUCUGGAAUACGCUGGAAGGGACGCUACUCUUGCAUUUGUCGGGGCUGGUCAUUCCAAAUGUGCCGUGGAGGUCCUUAAGAGGUACCUCAUCGGGGAGCUGCCCAGGGUAGAGAGGAUCUUCCGGGUACCCGAUGGCGUCAAACUCCAUGGACUUUACGAUGCCAACAGCUGAAUCCA